UCAAAGUCUCUCUCUUAUAAACUUCGUUCCUUUUAGAUAAUUUGUGGUUUUUGGGCAGUGGAGAAGACGACGGCACGAGCUUCACCGAAGAGCGAAAAUGGUGAACAUUCCCAAAACUAAGAACACCUACUGCAAAAACAAGGAAUGCAAAAAGCAUACCUUGCACAAGGUGACCCAGUACAAGAAGGGUAAAGACAGUCUUGCUGCCCAGGGAAAGCGUCGUUAUGACCGCAAACAAUCUGGAUAUGGAGGUCAGACCAAGCCCGUCUUCCACAAGAAGGCUAAGACAACCAAGAAGAUUGUCCUAAGGCUUCAGUGCCAAAGCUGCAAGCAUUUCUCUCAACGCCCUAUUAAGAGGUGCAAGCACUUUGAGAUCGGUGGAGACAAGAAGGGAAAGGGAACAUCACUCUUUUAAGUUGUUUCAUCUAUCUACUUUUUUUGUUUUGUUUUGGUACCUUGUCUUUGCUUCGAUACUCGGAUAUACUUUGAAAUCUUGGUUGUGGUGUUUAAUUUUAUAGGACAGUGUCGAAUGGAUAACCUUCUUUUAAGUUUGUGAACCAAUUCAACAUCAUUAGAAUGCA